CCUAUUCGAUUCAUACACUCAGGUGGCUACUAUACACCGUCAGGUGGCUUGUAUUUGUUGUCUUUCUUUAUUGUGACCUCCUGACCAAUCGUGUGUUCUGUCGACACAGCAACAGUUCGGCACGGUUGAGCCUGAGGAAUAAAUUAAAACGAAACCGACGAACGCGGCGCGCCUAGGUACCUCUGCAUACCUUUGUCUACUUCCGAACCUUAGAGACGCCGAUUCGUUUGCUUAUCCGCAGAUUUUGACGUCCCCAAGUGAGAUCAAUGCUGGUACUCCCGUCCUCAUAUUCUUGCCACCCACUUCUGCUCUUCAUGGUCGCCUACGAUCGAGCUUCUAGGAGCUUCAGUCUCGCGAUGACGGAGCCGAACGAACUUGCCAUGUCGAGACAACACUCGUUCACCUACCGAGGGAUCCGCACCGCGGCACGCACGCCUCUCCCUCCCUCCUCGUCCUCAUCGUCGUACCCCAUAAGUCCCACUGCGCUAUCAUCGAUUUGGCCGCCAUCACCAACGUCGACAUCACUCAACCCAAGCACCACCCCGUCCCCAAUGACACCAGUGGCGCCAGUGCAUCACAGCCACCCGCAACAGCAACAGCGACAGGACAUAUGUACAGACUUCGCCAUCUACGCGCUCUGCCCUACGUGCGACAAGGUCACGAGCAAGCGGGUCAUCUACCAGUGCCCGUGCAUCCUUGCGGUGGCGGCGGGCGGCAGGGAGUACGGGUGCCAGUGCCGGGCGGGCACGGGAGCGGGGCACGAGGUGCAGCGCGUGUGUGUGGCGUCCGAGUCCUGUGGGUUCUGUCGUUGGAGGCACUGGGUGGACGCGCGCAGGGCGCUCGUGGGCGUGAACUUCUGGCUGGAGCGCUGGAACACUAGAGAGGCAGCAAGGAGGGAGGAUAUACUAGAACGGAGAGGAGGAAUAGGAGUUAGGAAGUCGGCCUCGCGCGCCUCGGUUUACACAAUCAGCUAACCCUACCGUCGGCUAUGAAUUAUACCUACCUAGGUUCGAUAAGAUGUGUUUCUUAGCUGAUGGAGAAUCUUUCGUCUCAUGUUGACGGAUCGACGACUCCGACCUUCGCCCGGCCCACCUUAGGUAGGUAGCACCUGUACGGCGAUGGCCUAAUAUGGAUUGUUCCCCAGACCGGCGAUGCGCCGGCCGAACGUAGUAUCCAAGAUUGCCGUUUUUCGGCUUGGCGACUGGUGGGGGAGGAGGGGG